AUGUCCAGUUACGCGGGUGAAAACUGCAAUUUCAAGGGUUGUCAUACUGGUAAGUGGGCGUUUAAAAGUGGUCAUGCGAAUGUGUCUAAAGUUGGCUUUGUGGAUUAUAGAGCACUGCGAUCGGGACGAAUGGAUAGCGAUGAGAAGCGAUCCCAUGGGAAUCCCGGACGCAAUGGUCAUGGAUGCUACAUACUGCAUGUGAAUGCCAUUGCCGCUGCAACCAAUGCAACUGAUGGCGUUAGCGAUCUUGUGCGGGAAUGUCACUCACAGUGA